AGGCUCUCAUCCUGAUGGUGAUCUUCAUGGCAGCGAGGCGAUGCUUUGCCACAAGAUGCUUGUGGCUGCAAGAGAUGGAAAAGAGGACGACCUGAAAGAGCUUCUGAACUUGGGCGUGCCAGUGGAUCGAAGGCGGCCCUUCUUUAUGAAGCGAGAGCAGGAAGAUGUUUCGGUUAUUGCUCCGGCCAACGCUCGUCGAGUUCAUGGAAUGUCAGCUCUGAUGUAUGCUGCUCAAGGUGGUUACUUCAAAUGUUGCAUGCAUUUGCUGAUGGCAAGGGCAGAUGCUAACUGCGAAGAUGAGGACGGAAUGCGGCCUCUUCACUUUGCUGCUUCCAGCGGAAAUUUGUCGGUUUGCGAGCUGCUGAUCCAGCAUCGUGCAGACGUUUCGGCUGUCUCAGAUGAGGGUCAGACUGCUCGUGACAUGGUGCCAGAUGAUGCCAUCCCCUCGGCGAAACACCACUACCGCUGGACAGAGCUGCUGCAGGCAGCUUCAGCGGCACCAGACAUGGAUGCUGAAGACGCUUGAAAGGCGAUGACUUUUUCGGCACAUGCGGCUUUGCUGCAAUGAGCACGUAUCACUGCUCUCUUCAAAACUUCCGGUCCGUCAUGCAGCUCUUCAAGAGUUUGAUGGUG